AUGCAACGUUGCGAGUGGCCAAUAUUGUGGAGCGGCGACAUCUGGUUCAGUAGCGUGGGAGUGCGCCGUGUCCGGGCCACGAUGGACGAGCCGAAAACUGUGCGAUGGUGGACUUCACCAUUCACUAGACAGUGUUUCGUCACGGCCGGUGUGUCGCUAAACAUGGCGGGCUCCGGCCUCGUGGUGGGCUUCACCACAGCGCUACUGGAACAACUCAAGAGACCAGAUUCCAUCAUGCCCAUUGACGACAGCUCAGGCUCUUGGAUAGCUGCAAUACCCGGCAUAUCCCUCGUGUUUGGCAACUUCCUAGCGCCGCCCGUUAUGUCCCGAUAUGGAAGGAAAGUCGCCAAUCUCGUAACCAUCGUACCCCUCAUCGCAUCAUGGGUAUUCAUCUUCGUCGCCAGCAAUGUCACAGUCCUUCUCUUAUCGAGGUUCCUCCAAGGACUAUGCAUGGGGAUGUGCACCUCAUUAGGGUCACUCCUGAUAGGAGAAUACACCAGUCCAAGGAACAGAGGAGCCUUCCUAAUGACGAUAUCAGUAUCCAUCGCCUUUGCUGUUUUAUCCGUUCACUUGUCGGGAUCCUACCUGAGUUGGCAGAAUACUGCUUUGAUAUGCGGCGUGGUAGCAAUCGUAGACUUGCUUAUAGUAAUUUAUUCACCAGAAUCUCCUAGCUGGCUAGCGGAGAGGGGAAGGUACGAGGCCUGUAAAGAGACUUUUCGGUGGUUGAGAGGAAAUACUGAAGAAGAUGAAUUGAAAAAACUUAUUGAAGCGAGUAAAAUAUUGGCAGAAGCUAAAGAAAUCUCAAGUAAACCAAAGUCUGUUGUGAGGAGAGCUAUGAGUAACAUUGAGUACUUUAAGACAGCUAUACGGAAGAAAGAGUUCAUCAAACCAAUAAUUAUAAUGAUACAUGUGUAUAUCGUGGGUCAGUGGAGCGGCAUCAAUAUGUUGGUUGCCUUCCCUAUCGAUCUAUUCCACAAAAUGAUAGGAGACAACUGUAACAUACCUUUAUUAGUAUUGACUUUAGAUGUACAUCGAAUAGUAGCUAACACUAUAGCUUUGUAUGUUAUACAGAAAGUAAAAAGACGGACGAUUUUAAAAGUAACUGUCUGCAUCAAUAUGAUUGCGUUGGUGUCUUGUGCUGGGUAUUCUUAUGCAAAAGUAGUUAACUUCAUACCCCCCGGUGAGUACGCGUUAGGGAUAUCUUUAAUUCAUUUACAUAUGUUUUCGGUCGCAACCGGUGCAUUGCCCUUAUGUUUCAUAAUAGCUGGUGAAGUAUUUCCUCUGGAGUACAGAGGUUUAGCUGGCGGCAUAAGCAUGUUGUUUUAUUCAGCAAAUCUUUUCUUGGCAAUCAAAACAGUGCCAGGACUCCUUAGUUCUGUCAAUCUAUACGGAACUUAUUUAUUGAAUUGCGUUUUAAUAACGUACGGUCUGCUAGUGGUAUGGACUUUGCUACCAGAGACGAAGGACAGGACAUUGCAGGAUAUUGAAGACGAGUUCAGGGGCAGACCGCUUACUCUUGAAGAGCUGAAGUCCGUGCAGUCUUUGACGUCGUGGAAAGCUUGUACCGCCGAGCGUAGAUGUAGUAACCCUGUUGUAUUAUAG